GCAGAAAGCCGUGUCGGACGCAGAGCGCAAAGCGCACGAGCUCAUCACCACGGAGCGUGCCAAGAUGGAGCGGGCCCUGGCCGAGGCAAAGCGGCAGGCCUCCGAGGACGCCCUGACGGUUGUCAACCAGCAGGAGGACUCCAGCGAGAGCUGCUGGAACUGUGGACGGAAAGCCAGUGAGACGUGCAGCGGCUGCAAUGCAGCACGCUACUGCGGGUCCUUCUGCCAGCAUCGGGACUGGGAGAAGCAUCACCACGUGUGUGGCCAGAGCCUGCAGGGCCCUGCAGCCGUGGUGGCCGACCCGGUGCCUGGACCGCCCGAAGCCGCCCACGGCCUGGGCCCCUCCCUGCCUGUGGGUGCUGCCAGCCCCAGCGAAGCCGGCUCUGCGGGGCCUUCUCGCCCCGACUCCCCCAGCCCGCCUGGCCCGCUGGAUGCCGUGCCCCGCUGACCCCACCAGCCCCCGGCCUGCUGGACACAGCACCGUGCCGACCCCACCCAGCUCUGGGCCCGCCAAAUGCUGUGGCCCCUGACGCCCGGCCGGCCAGACGCUGCGCCCCGCCUGGCCUGGGGAAGCUGACCAAUUAGAGUCACUGCUGCUACUGCCCCUCUCCAAAAGAAGACACAGAACCAACAAAACCGCAUUCAAUGCACCUGCCUCAGCUACCUAAUGAUUCUGCACGGAGACCUCUUGCCAACCUCUCUUCAAGCAUCCUCAGAAGCCUCAACGAGCUUUAGACAGCAGAGCGGAUGCCGCGGGCGCGGCAGCUCUGCCCACGUCUCUCUCUUUUCCUCUCUCUCUGUCCCCCCCUGUCUUCUCUAGCCUCUCUCUCUCUCUCUGACUAUCACACACUUUCUCUUCAAUGAAAAAAUCUAAUUGGUGGCUUAUAUUUUCAGCAAAGAAUUUUGGGGGGUUUUGUUUGUUGGCAAAAGAGCUACUCAGAAGUGGACAAAGAAAACUCUGGGGGUUCUCCCCCUCCUGGUUAACAAGGGAGAAAGAAAACUGUGAUUUUAUAGCCGGAGAUCUGAACCCAGCUGGGCCCCUCCCCCAGGGGCGUGAGGCUGAUUGGCAAAGACGGGAGGAAAGAUUUCAAUUUCUGACUCAAGAAGCAUUUUUGGUUUCAGAUUUUUUUUUUCCUGUAAUGUUAAACUCUUUGGCUUUAAGUAAAAAUCCAAAAAGUUUUUUUAAAAAAGCAAAGGAAGCGUACUUGUGAACUACCUUGCUAGCUAGCCAGCCAAGGAGACCGGACACACCUCUGCUCCAAAGGAAAUCCAAAAAAGCAAACACAAGAAAUCAAAAUCCAAAAUUUGUCACUGCCAAAGUAUGUUUUUCACUGUUUUCCUUGCUCUUGGGUUUGUCUGUGGGUGUCGGGAUAUUGGGGUGCAGAGGGUUGGUGCCCAGCGAGAAGCGACUUUUGUUCCCUUCCGCGUAGGCAUUGGUGCGUCCGCCGCACGUGCGCGGUCUGUGUGCCGUCGCCGCAGCCUGCGUCUCCACGUGUGUAGGGAAGGACACGCCGUCUGUCCUCAGCCCCCUGUGACUUUUCAUGUUUCCUUUUUCCACUUGUGGAAAAAAAGUGCUAAAGUUUUCUUCCCAGAGAGAGCAUAAUUCCGAAACAAAACUGUGACAAUCUUUUGGGUUGAUUCUCGACUGCUUUUCAAACACGCGGAGCCAGCAGGGCUCCCCGAAACACGGCUUCUCAGCCAGCCCGUCCUCCUCUACCUCUCUCCUCUCCGCGCCCUCCAACCUCUCCCGGCCCCAUCGCCCCAACCCCAGCGUCUCACUGCAGCUACUCCCCUUUCUUCCAAACUUUUGC